AUGGAUGGCUCCGUAUGGCUCAACUGGAUGUUGGGCUCGAUUAACAUCGUCGUCGAUGUGGCUUCAACGUCUCGUCCAAUAACAUACGUGGAAUUAUCUCUAUAUGACACGUGUGCGGCAUAUUGCCAUUUACCAUGGUACAAACUUCAAUCGGAAUUUGCGAAACUCUUCUUUCUUUACCCCAAAGGUAUCACCAAUUCCAAUGGCUCACCGCCAUUGAUACCUAGCGGCGAGGGCAGGGGAUCCAAUCUGCAGUCCGUACAAGCUGGUCAUAGCUUGUGUCGCAUUCGAGUGCCGUUUUCCAAAUCUAUUUCACCUGCCUCUGCCACCCAAUCCCACUAUCUCCUCUUCUCUGUACCUUCAAUACAACGAGGCAGAACGCUAGCAAACAUGAUGGCCGCCGUCAGCAACCAGCUGUCCCGUGUACUCGCACUCCUCCCUUUCAGCUCCCAGCAGCAGCAUCAUUCCCCCAUCCAUGGCGAGGCAGAUGGGCUCUGUCAACCCUUUCGAUUCAUGGAUUUGCCGAAAGAUAUCCGUUUGAUGGUCUACGAGCGUCUCCCGCGUGAAAUUGUGCAUCACGCUCUCCGACCCCUCAGCGGUCCCUUCAAAGGCAACAACCAAGGCGUGGUCUUAAUAUAUCGUGCUACACCGACUUUGAUUUUGGCCACUUGUCAAGAAGUUUACCACGAGGCGAAAGCCAUUAUCGGCAAAUCUAUCAGCUGGGUUCACGAAGGUGGAGUGAAACUCCUCACUAGCCUUGGAGGUUCCGAUCGCAUGGUCAUCGACAUUGUGAUGAACUCCCUUUUGAUGGUAUACGACCGACGCAUGCUACAAGAAGGCCCUAUCAAUCCGGACUUGGAGGCUAUUGGUAUCGACUACGGCGGAGAAGGUGGAAACAUCGACUUCAAGACUACCAUUGAGGGCAUUGUUUGGGGUGGCGUACGUGACUUCGAUCGUCUUAAGUACCCCGCGAGCUACCGCUUCCAUGGCCUCAUGCCAGGAGUCGCCUCUUGGAUCCAGAAAGCCGCCAGAGCUCUUAUCAAUACCCAGAAACACAAGUUGCUUGCUGGCGUCCAGGACGCGGCUGUCAUCGAGAUGGCAUGCUACCGCCCCACUGAGGAGGGAACCGACCUGGACGAAAAGGAGUAUCUUGCAGUUUUCGACGGAUUCGAGGAUGUGAGUUUUCGCUGCUUCGAGCGAAACAUCACCAUGGGCAUUGUAGGCUUUGUCGAAGCUGGUGCUGAACUCAAGAACGGACCACCAAAACACUCCGAGGAUAUUGUCGACGGCAUGGACUUCUACCAUCAUACCGACGGAGAGCAACCUUGGAGACUGAGUGGCUUGACUAAGUUUGAUGGGGCUGUCAAUCAAUUGCAAGUUCGACCAACCUUUUGCCCUAUGGCUUUCCCUCGUUCCCCCAUUUGCACAGUCUGCCUUCCUACACGAUCAAUGUAUCUUAAUUCCCUUGGAGAUGGUACGAUCGGUGGAAACGGAACGGAUCUUACCCUUCAUCAUCCGGCGUUCCCACUGAGCACAGUCUUGCGGGAAAAUCUUGUUGAUAAUAAUGGAGGCGCGAGCCUAUUUCUCAUGUAUCUUGGAGGGUACCGGUGGCCAAUGCCAUUUGAUGUAGACUGGAAAAUUGUCUCGCGACCGCUUGCAGCGAUUCGACAGGCAGAUGCGGUCAAUGACGACGUCAGUGAAACAUUCGCCUGGCGCCACCUGAACAAAACAAGCACAACGGGAAUCGAAGGUAUCGCAAACAAGAUACGAAAGAUAAUUCAAGCCACUCACCAAGCCGCUCUCUGUCGGGACUUACCUGCUACGCAACAUGACCACCCGCUCACUACCUCCGAGACGGACAGAAGAUCAGCGAAAAUAAGCAGCGAGACGCGCCAGGUCCACGUAGGACAGGAGCGCCAGACAACAAACUCUGGCAAAGAGGCGAAGAAAAGCCAGAAUAUUCACGCAGGUGUAAAGCUUCGGACAGCCAACCGCAAUCUAUCGCACGAUUCACUACAUCUAUGCGGUCUGAAUCCGAGCCCCUUAACCUUCGUCGCAGCGCGUAAGAUCAAGACACUGGCUUGGUAUUCCGAGACUGGAGUGGGCAGAGUGCUUCAUUGCUUAAGAGCUGGAACCCUUAAUGGUGGGUUGAAAAAGGCGAAGCAGAGAUAA